AUGCCAUCAGUGAGCCAAGCCCGUCUCAUGUGGCGCAGCGUCACCCGCGGCAUGGUAGAACCCCACCCCUUCGCCCGUAACCCCAUCACCAUGUCUCCCCACGCGUGGCGCGCCGGCGACCUCUCUAAGAAAGCAGUAAAGACAAGUACUGUCUUCUUCCCCUUUUAUGCAGGCAUUCUUGGGUGGCCAGUCGCCGCCGCCUGGUGGUUCAAUGGCAACAUGUGA